CAUGGCGCUAUGUUUCGGCGAGUUGCAGUCGAACAUUCACAUUGAGUUGUGUACGUGUUGAGUAGGCAAGGUCUUAAAGAGUGUGUAACAAAAUAAGUUCUCAUCCAUACCUGAAGUUUGUUUGAAAGCGUGAAGGACAACCCUGUUGAGGGUUGUGAAGCCAUCUCAUCAUGGGUGUUGGUGGUCCUAAUGUAAACAUUGGUGGGGCUGUGCAUGAUGGCAUUGUCAAGAGUCUCGGCACAAACGUUGAUGGUGCAGCUCUCACCAUCGCUCUGGAUGUUGUGCAAGCCUGGGCUGUUGUCCUCACAUUAGGCUUCACCAUCAUACUCUUCUUCUUCCUGGCCUUUUGUGUUUGCUCAAAAAAGGAUGAUAGCUAUGACGACUAUGAAGAGUUUGAGGGAGUACGCACGGUGCGUGUGUACACGCAUACAGAUGGAGCUGAGCAAGGCCUCUGGACUGAUCAAACAUCCCAAGCCUCUAGCAGAUGCACAAUGAAGCGCGAGCUCCCAGCCAUCCCCAACAGCGGCUCAGGCGCUCUCAGCUCCCAGCCACCUCAACAGGCGGAUGCUGGGCAGUCAAGUGCACUGCAGCCACAAUUAGGUGGCAGCAGUGGGCCAAGUCGUCCUGUAGGAGGUGUGCAGGUGCUACCGUCCACUGCCGCGGCCCCACUCAUGGGCUCUAAAGGCGCUGGUGGGUCCAGGACGCCCCACAGCCCACCGCCCUCUGAGGUGGGGCCUUCCACGUCCUCUACAGUGUCAUCAGAGCUCGCCACGCGCCACACUAGCCACUCCAGCUUCGGGUCCGGGCCAGUCAAGGAGCACCAGUAUGCACACCUACAGCCCACUAAAGAAGAGCAUCCAUAUGCCAAGGUGGGCGGUGACCCUGAGACCGACACGGAGCACUACGAUGACCCACGCCAUGUCACUGACGCCCCCAACAUCCGCAGUGAAAAGCUGCAGAAGAGCCACUACGAGAGUGUGCUGGACCACAAGCCUGCCACGGCGGGCCCUGAGAACGGGGGGCCGCUGUUCCCCCCCAGCCUCACCGCCCCCUCGUCACAGAAACGCUCCCCGUCGCUCGAGAUUCAGGCCUCGUCUGCCAUUGCGGGGCACACGCCUGCUAAUGAGGAACUGCCCUACAUGACGCCUAAGAUCACUCAGUCGAGCACGAGCGUGAUGACGUCGAGCUCCGUGAUGACACGCAGCCACCACAGCACUGCCAGCUCGUCCUCCGUGACCCCAGGUCUGGGGGGCCUCAGCCAGCUGGGGGAAGGCUUUACAGCCAUGUCAGCGUCGGCUGAUAGACAGUCUCAGCCACCUCAGCCAGUUGUGCCGCAACAAGAUAGAUCUCCUGUAGGAGGUGAGCCACACCAGCAGCAACACUUCAGUGGCGACUCUCAGGACAGUCGCGGCUACACGAGCAUCAGCGUCAGGGAGCCCCUGGCUGCUCUCAAGGCAGGACACCAGCAGCAGCAGCUGCCGUCUAGUAUACCGCCGCACAUGCAGCAGCAUCAACAGGAGGGCUACUACAUGACUGUGUCGGACGACUCAGCCGACGAGACCUACGCUUGCAUCUACGAACGCGGCGGCGCCAUGACGACCAUCGGCUCCACUGGUACCACUCAAACUUACGCACAACCUUCACUCGUGUCGCCUUCUCAGCCCACCACGUCUCUUCCCCCUUCCAACCUUCCCCUUUCAUCCUCAACUCACACUACCACUGCGUCAUCCUCGGGGACUGGAGGAACUCAGUCACCAUCCCCCCUGCCGGACCCGGGGGGGCUGGACCCCCCAGCGCCCCCCAGUGUUGAUAGCCUCAAGCAUGUCCUGCAUUCCAGACAGGCCUCGUCAGGCUCCACUAGCGGGGUAGGCGCCAUGAGCAGCCCCCCGUUGGAGAAGAAGGGGGCCAGCCCCCUACCUCCCCUCCCUCAGGGGGACCAGCACUACUACGAGGCUGCUCCUCCCCCACCUCCCCCUCCUCCCUCCGCCACAUCUCCCCCUCAUUCUGGCGGCACAUCCCCGCACAAGUCCCUCGUAGGGUCAGCCCCACACUCCCCCCCACGCAUGGUGGGUGAACGGCCCACUGAGCGAGCCCUCGAGGAGAUGUAUGCCAAGGUGAUGAAGAAACGCAACAGCGGGAGCGGCGCCAGCCACAGCCGAGGCAACAGUUCAGAAGACGCCGCUGAGCUGAUGAGACAGAGCCUCGAGUUCGCGUUCGAUCCUCCCGCUCAGCCUGGAGGGCUUUCACCCCCCGGCGAUGUGCCGAUACAGACCGGGUCUUGGAACAUCAUUGGCGUCACUGGGAGCCAGACGGCACAAGCCGCGGCUAUAGCCGCCGGUGUUGUGGCUGCCGUACAGACGGGUUCUGAUCCAGGUUAUGAGACGGUUAAAGAUUACCAUGAUAUCAACUAUCCGGCUUAUGAGACAGUCAAGAAUGGGCGGGAAAAUGAGUCUGAGCCUGGAUACGAGACGGUGGCUGCCAAGCGAUCCAGCACCGCUGAACCUGGAUACGAGACUGUAACUGCCAAGAGAUCCAGUCCUACUGAACCUGGAUACGAGACUGUAACUGCCAAGAGAUCCAGUCCUAUUGAACCUGGAUACGAGACUGUAGCUGCUAAGCGAUCGAGCACUGCUGAACCUGGAUACGAGACUGUAAAGGACCGAACCAGCGAGUCUCAGCCUGGAUAUGAAACAGUAUGUAAUAUAAUGGAUCAGUCUUCUGAUCCUGGAUACGAGACCGUCUCCAGCAGACAGGACGACUCCCAGCCCGAGCCAGGAUACGAGCAACUGCAUUCCACACGUCGACCGGUGUCUGAGUGCGACUCGAAUUACGAACAGCUUAAGUUUACUGAGCAACCUGACCCUGGCUACGAGAGUGUCAAAUCCUGCUAUGAGAGUCCUUAUGAACAGGUCUCUGAGUCCCCAAUGUAUGCCGAGAUAAACAAGCCUCCUAAAUCUCAGCCUGUUUAUGCCAGUGUUAUUAAGAAGUCGCCAGCCACUGAUGCUACGCCUGUUUUUUCUCUAGAACAAGAAUUCCUGGAUGCUUCAUCCAAAGUGAUUUCGGACGAGACUGACGAUGACAAAAAUGGAUUUAUUGAGGAAGGGUCUCUGCCUGAGAAGAAAUACAAGCGUUCACUGGAAGAAGAAGCUGCCAUCCUUGUGAGUAGUGUUGAGGAAUCUGCGUUGAAUAUUCUCUCUAGUCGCGACAAGUCUAGUGAUAGUAUCGCUAGUGCCUACGCUGAUGAAGGAAAGGCAAUUGAAAGUUUAGGCCAUGAUCUAAAGCAAGAUGAAGCUGGGCUUGUAGUGGCCGGAAGUGAUGGAUCAGAUACGUCAAGUGAUGCGGUUUUCUCGCGAAAAAUAAGUUACGAGCAGCCGACGGUAUUACCUGGAAUCGUAAGCCUUGACCAGCAACUAAGUGACAUGAUCACAGAGAAUGGAACUGUAUUGACUCCAGACGAUGUGCUUAUCAAUGACCCAACCAACUAUUCAGAAGCGAUGCUCUUGAAGAAGGACUCGGGCAGUGUUGAAACCGACAACGGUACGAGAGACACGAAUAAAGCUUCAAUUGAAGUACACAACGGCUCAGCUCACAGUUCUGUUGAUAAUUCUUCCUCAGGAAGAGAGGAUAUCAGUCCUGAGGAUGAAGUGUGCUUGCCUCCACCUGAGGAUGCAUAUGGAGAAGGAAGCUCUUCUUGUAUUGGCGAUGAAGUUGCUACUGAAGACUACGGUGUCACUCAAGGAGUGAUGGCGCCGGCACUUAGUGUUGACGAGAGCAGCGCGGCAGAGGAAGUUCCUCUCACUCCUACAGUGCUUUCCAUCCCUGUGCCGCAGUCAUGCUACCUCUCACAAGACAGCGCUUCUGAUUUUAUUUCUGGUGCUCCUCCAGUGUCGCCUCCUCAUGCUUCCCUCCUGCUUGACGCAGAUCUUUCAGAGCACGACCAACAAGCCUCUUCUCUGCCUCCUCCGCCUCCUCUUGAGCCAACGCUGGUUCAGACCUCAGCUGAUGGUCCUGAUUCACUUCCUCCUCCUUUGGAUGAAGAUCAAGACUUCGGGUAUGUACCGCCACCUCCAGACCUUCUGAGCGAUGCCCCUGAGUGUGACCUGCCACCACCUAUGGGCGUGAUGGACAUUCUUCCCACGUCUUGCACGGAUGAUUUGCCUCCACCAUUGGAUGCUGAAACCUCUAACGUUGUCAUCGAAAACGGGUUUAAAGAGGCAGAGUCUGUUGACUGUGUUCUGCCACCGCCUGAUGCGUCACAAGGAGAAGACAUGACCGUGAUUGUAAAUCCUAUGGCUGAAAUAGACGAACUUGCCAGCCGCGUGGCUAAGGCCUGCAGAGACGACACCAGUCCUUUGAGUUCUCCUACUGGGGAUCUUGGAUGUCCUCCGCCACCUCCUCCGUUACCACCACAGCUUGACGACGACGAAGAAAAAACCAAAGUGUAAAUGCCAACGGAUACUUAGACUCUCCGCGACUCUUUCCUCCGACCAGCCCGUGAUUGAUUUAAUGGCUCAUUAUGUGACAUAAGCAAGUCUCAAAUACCCCGACACUCUGAUGGAAGGAUGCUCACGUUUCUUGUUACCAUCAAACUGGCCGGAGUCGAGGAUUGUUCACCGCAUCAGAAGUUACGGAAAUUCUGACCUGAGGUUUCAAAAGAAGGCGAGUUUGAUUCAUUUGGAAGCUAAUACAAGCUUCUCGGUAUUUGUGUAACAUAGGCUCGUAUUGUGUGUAGUAGUUCGUAACUUAACCUUAGUCUAUAAUGGUCAGUAUUUUGAUGGGGAUUCAUCGUAAUGCUCGUUAAUGGAGCUGCUGUAGGGGUGAUGAACUCUAAACAAGGCUGCGCUUAGCUUUAAGGGCGUAGUUUGUUGUAUUGUCUUUCUUCUUUACACUCGGAGUAAUGAGUGAGACUUGUCCAAAUAGUGAUGCACUCUUUGCUUAUUUACGGGUUAACUUUGCCCGGUUUUGCCCUGCGCAAGAGCGUGUCAGUGCUACGAGUAAGAAGUAAGUCACUACUUGGACAAUCUGACCCAUUCCAUUAUCUGCGGUUAGAGUUCCAAAUGUGGCUAUCUCGUAUUUUUCUGCAUCUUCGCUUUGCCAUCGUUUCUUGUGUUCUCACUACUCUGUUUGGUACAUAUGUUAUCCUCUCAUAUCGAUUGAAUAGAAUGAUUAGAAAACAACUGAUGUUAAGGAAUGUAUUCCUCAUCGAAAUUACAUGCAGGUUAUUGCUGUAUAUUUAUCGACAGAUUCUCGUUGCAUUUGGUCGUAGCGCCCUUACCUUGUGGGCAUUAGAGCUAAUAUGAUCGCUUUAAUUUUCGAUUUUAUUAUUGAUUUCAUUAAUGAACUGAAUGCCAUGAGACCGAGAUGAGCCGACUAGAGAGCGUUCCUCUCGCCACCUAAGCUGUGUUCAGGACACGUUCAGUGACUUAUAGGCAGGGGCUAUAACCAUAAUAUUUUAUCCAUAAUACCGUAUAUUAUCCGUGAUCUUUUGAUAUUUUAUAGGUCUCGGGGCUCUCAUAAAAUAACAGCUGUUGGAAUGUACUUAAACUAUUCAUCGUUCCCAUAGGCUUCAGUUGUCAUCAGUACAGAAUUAGUUUCAUGUUUCGUUGGCUUUCAAUGUGUAUAAAGUUUUAGUAAAACCAAACAUUAAAGAAGUCAACACUCGGAUAAUUCUUAGUCACAUUCAUAUAAUGGUAUUUGAUUAAUGUGGUGACAGUUGCGAUUAGUAUUUCUUAAGCCUUUUUAAUGAGGGCAAACUAAUCUGUCCUGUUGAGCAUUUAUGAUGGAUAUUUUUAAAGCACGGACGAAAGAUUUUGAUUUAUCUUAAUAGAAUGGUGAAUAUUUUUAAAGCACGGACGAAAGAUUUUGAUUUAUGUUGUCCUAGUGGAAUGGUGGAUAUUUUUAAAUCUCUUACUUCAUACUAAAAAUAUUGAAUAAGCCAAGAAAUUUGUUUAUGCGCGUGCAUGAAGCAGCCACGUUAUCGCAAAAGGCUGCGACGUCUCCGAGAUUUUUUCCUGUAAAAGCGAUAAGGUUUUCUCUCAAAUCGAUCUCUGUGUAUAGAAAGGAGUUUUCAAUGAUUUAUUUUGGAAAUCACAAUACCAGUGCUCAAUAACAGGCGAUAAUGCGCAAGAUUAGGAUUCAUUGGAUGCGUAGUAGUGAGUAUAUUCUUAGUAGACGGUGUUCACCCCUGAGCCGCUUUCAUGAUAUACCGUGCAUUGAAAAACCAAUAAUACAUUAUUUUGAUAAUACUUGAAUUUAUGGUAAAAACGGAUUAUACGCUUGAUAAAUCAAUUAGAAAUCUGAAUCACCAACAGAUUGGGUUCAAAGCAUUAAGUUAUAUGCAGCUGCGAUACUGCAAUCUUGUUCGAGAAUUCGGUAUCAGUGCAGGCUAUGUUAGCAUAAUUAACAGUCGUGGUCUCAUUGUGAACGCUGUUCUAGAUAUAACAGGCAGCUGCUCGCUCUACUCGCCUAUAAUAAAGUUAUUAGAUUGUGGUUAUGUGCACUAGUAUGGGUUGGUAUGAGUUGUUUAAGAGUUUAAAACGUGUGGUGGUAGUGGUUAUGUACACUAGUAUGGGUUGGUACGAGUUGAUUAAGACGUGUGGUGGUAGUGGUUAUGUGCACUAGUAUGGGUUGGUUGACGAGUUGAUUAAGACGUGUGGUGGUAGUGGUUAUGUGCACUAGUAUGGGUUGGUUAACGAGUUAAGAAAUGUGGCGGUAUUAUAGCGGCUCAAAUGCGUACGUAAGAUACGCUUUAGUUAUAAUUCAUAAGCUCAUUAUGCAGCUUGGACACUUCUUCCUUUUGUGAACAGAGAACUUGGAAAUAAUGAAUGUAAAGCACUUAGUGGGUUUUCGUUUUUGAUCGAAUUUUGAACACAGGUGUGCUAUAGAAUGAGUGCGAUAACGAAGUGUGUGGUAGUGAAUUGCGGCCUUGAAUUUUUCUAUUCGAUGCAUUUCUUGAAACUCCAACUGACCGUAAAUUCUUAUCUGAAGCGAUAAUGUUAACAUUUGAAACCAAGGGCUCAAUGACCAGUUUCCGUCAACGAACAAAUGAAGAUCAGCCUAGGUCAAGGGUUGAAGCAAUUCAGUAUUUGUUAUCAUAAUGGCAUUUUUAAUGGAUGAACCCGAAAUAGCUGUAAUGCUUGAACUUGUUUUAUUGAGAGUAGAAGGAAGAGAUUUGAGGGGGAGCAAAUUAAGGUUUUUAGCUUUACAGUCUUAACUUUGGAUGAAUUUUUAAAUUUUGUGCAGCAACGAACUGAUCUAAAAGAAUGCAGUAGUUAGAACGCAUGGUAUUUUUGGCGCUUUGCUUAUUGGUACUUAAAGUGAUAGUGUGUCCCGUCUCUAUAAUAUACUAACUAUAUAUAUUUGUGUAUAUUAUAUCUAUUUUAUAGAACCUAAAUUACCGUGUCUUGCCCAUCUACCGUCGUGUAAUGUUCACGUCUUUGUUCAAAUUCCCGAAAUCAUUCCUUAGAAUCUUGGUAGUUUUACUCUACUUAACUUGUAUGCUUCGUAAAUUGUAUACCUUAUAUACAACCUUGUAUUUUAUAUCAUAGGUAUUUUUUCCGUACGUUUUUAUAUUGAUAACUAUUUCAAUUAUUCAGCAAGUCAAAAUGCACAAGUUGAAUCUUUUCCUAACCGAAACAUCAGCGACAAUUUGCUUCCAUUGCUACAGAUAACAAGCGUCCUAAUGAGAGGACAUCAGCGCUGCUGCUGCCCUAAGCACGUGCACGUAUUUAUUAUCAUCGUUAUAAUUCCUUCUUCAUAUUUUUCUUCAAAUAAAAAUUCCUGCUUAGUCUAAUUGUGCAUAUACACUUGUAGUGUCAAUUUUGUCCACAUAGCAAUUAACUUUUUUCCACUUGUGCGGGUCAGCUUGACCCAGUUUGGCCCAGCCAAGGCUCUUGCUGUGGGUUAAAAACUGCGUCACUAUCUGGACAAUGUGUCCCAUUCCUUUUUCUGAUAGUAUUAUUUAGCAUCCACGAUAGUCUCACGAGGUGAAAGGUGAAAAUCCCAAUCUCCCAAAUUUCUAAAUCUGGAAGACGACAUUUCCCUCCUUUAUUACCUCACUUAUUACUUCAGAAACUAAUCCCAAUACUGGAGUAUGGAAUUUUCCAGCAAAUGAGUGUCUUUCUUUUUCUCCUACCGCCUCGAUGUUUUCUUCUUACAAAGCUGCGUGGUCCCGAACUUGAAAUAAAUUACCCUACUAGGGUAAUGUAUCAAUGUUUCGAAGGUAAUGGUGAGGGUGACGUUUUAAAUUAGACUUAUAUGUAUCUGUCAAUGAUGACGUCAUUUUUGGGUAGGGUAACGUGCUCAUUUUGACAUGUGUUCGGUAAAAAUUUACACUAUUAUGCAUCUUUUAAUACAAAGCCAGAGAUCCUGUAUUUAUUCACUGUAUAGGUCAAGUUUUUAAAAUCUUUGGUGGUGUUAUUCAUGGUUGCUCACACAUCUGAGUGGAUAACAAUAGUUAACAAAUAUUAAAACCCUUAGCAAUAAGACAUUGUAAGAGCAUAAUACAUUCUUCGUUAUGUUGACGAGCGCAGUGCAGCGCUCCGUUCAGUUUCAUGGAGUUCUUAUGUAGCGUUUAUGUUCAGUUAUCUAGUCGAUAUUUUAUUCCUAAAAUUACAGUCUCUUCUUAUUUAACCUAACAAUCGUAUUCUGGGAACUUAUGUGCAGCCAGUGGACUUUAACCGAGACUUUUCUUCGUAAAAUUUGUUGAUUUUAAGACUAAAAUCUGAAACGGCAUUUGUUUUUUUAGCGGUAACUGUAAUUUUCAAUCUAAAGUGGGCAUGGCAACUGUUUUCUAUGUCGAAGUUCGUGCAAUCUUUCGAACCGCUAUAUGUUUGUUUGUAAGACAGAUUUCUUUUGGAAACUUAUUAAUUCUACCGCGUGAACUGAAGAAGUAAGGUUUAAAUAUUUAGGUGUAUGAUAUUGAUAUCGUACGUAGAAUGGACGUAUUUUCAUUGAUGUCGUUCGUGGAAGCGAUGUAUUUUUGAUUGAUACCGUUCGUUCAAUUGAUGGAUUUUCUACGUCUUUUUCAAUUUUGCGUAUCCCAAACUUUGUGUGAAGUCGAUGAUUUGUAUUUGUGCUAUAAUUUAGGUACAUUUUUAACCUUUUGGGCAUUAUAGGGAAUACUUGCAGGACUCCGGGCGGCAUUAAAUUGUUGUUCGACGACUGGCCAUGCAAUGUAGCUUUUUCGAGCAGCUCCAAAAUAGGACAAAUUCCCUGCCUCCAGCAUUACUUUUCCUUCCUCGAGCAUCCUUCUUCCGGCCACGAACAGCUAUUUCCAGCACCGAGAAUCACGAUAUCCUGCCUCGAACAUCAUGAUUUCCUGCCAAUAUCAUCACUAUUUACUGCCGAGCAUAUCUAUUUCCCGCAUCUAAACCUCUACAUUGACGCUCUUCAAGCAGUGGUUAUUUCCAAGCUCUCUUAACUAUAUUAUUAUAAUCCAAUUUAAUCUUAGAAUUGACGCAGGAAUAACAUAAUAAAGUGAACCCAUACCUCCUUUCAGUCCGACCAUGGUUAUUGAAUGUGAAUUUCCAUCGCUAUCGACGAUGCAUGUUGCCUUCCGUCUUCUACAAUCAAAAUUGUGAACUACGUCCGACUUAACUGAUGUUUCCAGCUAAGGCUUUCUAAAUGUUUCAACGUGAGUUUGUUUAUCUCUUUGAUGUGUUAGUUGCAUUCCAUGUCAAAUUAUUAACUUAUGUACCGGCUUACGGUGGUGAUGGUGGUCAGUGAUCCUGAUAAACUGAUUAAUAAUUAUCAGUUAAUAAAUAAUAUUGAUUUAAAUAAUAUUGAUUAAUUACGCCCACCAACCUCAUCAUUUCCAUGAAAAUAAGCAUAUUUAGUUUACUGUUGAUAUUUUUUUCCUUACUCGUCUAAUUGUGACGGUAUAUUAGUAUUAGUUAUUUCGUACAAGCCAUUCUUGUGUUGAAUUUCAUAUUAAGGAUUUGACUAAUCUUUUUUAGGCUGCACUCUCAAUAGGUAACGGUGUCAUAACUUUUAAUGCACAAUUCUAAGGCUGUGCAAGUUACACGCUAUUUUUGUUUGCUUAUAAAUGAAGAAAAUUUUUUUACAAAAAAUGUACGUCGGCCGCAUUUAAAUCAUGUCGCGUUCGCAGCUUCAGAUUAUAGUCUUAAUGUGCGUAUACGUUCAAACGCUUCAUUUGCUCAUAUGAUACUUCAACAUAUAAUAACUAAGCUUUAAUUCACUUCCGCAUCGUUUUAUGUGCUAAUCAAUAUAAUAAAAUAAUUGAAAUUAUUUACUGCGGGUAAACAACGAAUCUCGAAGUUUGAGAUCUGUUCGUUAUCUGGAACGUCUCUUUAGUUUUACGCAUGAAUCUCUUGGCGUAUUGUUUCGUCCGUGUUGGUUACCGAAUAUUUAAUCGUACGUACUUUCGUCGUCACAGGUAGCGCCUGAAUGUCGUGGUGCUUAAAUAAAGCAGUAAUUUAGUUAAUUCUCAUUGAUGUGUCUUUGUAAUGAUUUCCUUUGCACUGUCCGGGCUCGUUGACUCCCAUUCCCUAUUUAAUUAUCUAAAUAGCUUGACAGUGCUCUACACUCGCUCAUAACUAAAUAAAUUAUAAACUUAUAUUUAGUUAUUAUUGAUAUUUAGCUAUGGUUUUUUAUAACUAAAUGAGUAAUGUUAUGCAUAUUUUAAUUUAGUGCCCGCUGCCAUUUAUGGUCUACUCGCAAAAACCACGAUCGGGGAAGUUGAAUCCAGGCAAGAUUGGGAGUUUAGAAUUGAUUGAUAUUGAUAAUCAGUUUCUUAUAAUUAUAUGCAACUGUCCUCCGAACAAAUUAAUAUCCCAAAGUCUCGAGCGCUCAAACACCAUUUGUAUGAAUACUGAUCUCCGUACCACUCAUUUUCCUUACUUAGUCCCUAAUUAUAAUUCGUGUUUAUCUUAGAUUUUAACUAAGACAAGUCUGGAAUAUUUUCCAAAUAUAUACGUGGUGGUAGCUGUGAAAUCUGAAGCUAUUGUAUCUAUUGUAUCCAGGAUAUCCAUUAAACUUUUAUAGUUUAUACUACGUAAAAAAUUCCUCGAGUUCCCACAGAAAAUUUUCAGAGGAAAGCCCUGGCUUUGUAAUGAUUUUUACCUUCCACGGCUAAUUAUUUUUGUUAUGGAUUAUUUUUUGUUAUGUUCUGUAUUUUGAGUGUAUAGUCAGCAGCUGAGGUAAUUUUCCUACUCAAAGAAAUGAGUGCGACUUUGUCGAAAUAGUGAUGCACUUAUAGACCUUGUGUUUGGGACAUCCUGAUUCAGUUUUUCACGGGGAACAUGUAUUCAGUUCUGCAUGCAGAAGUGUGCCACUAUUUAGACAAUAUGACCAGUUCAUUUUUCUGAGUAUCAUUUAAAGGCGUAGUCACAGUACUUAACUUAUAUUUAUUUCUAACCUGUUUUUGUUUGAAAAAAUUACAGCUUAAAGUUGUAUUGCUUUGCAUGGCGGCUAAGUUUAUAUAGAUAAUUGUGCUCGUGAUUCUUGCGUAAUGAAUGCAAUGUAUUGGUUCCUGAUCGUUUGUGUUCCGCAUUUGAUAGCAACGAAGUUAACGUCUCGUUACAACGAUUUAAUCUUUGAGUAAACCUGUAAUGGCUUAACCUUUUGUCUAAUAACGGAUACAAAAGUUACUGGGUCUUUAAAAUGAAUAGCAUUGACUUAUUAUUUUAUAUAUGAGAUGGAAAAUUUUCAACACUUUGUCCCACUUCUGAUCAUGGUCACUGUUUCUUUCCAGAAAGUUUUAAGUGACCACACGUAGUUAUCAGCCGUCGACCUGAACACGAUGUCUCAAAGUUGCCUCUUGUAUUGAUUGAUUAUAUUGUAUCAAGGUUACCAAUCUUCAUUGUUCAUUAUAAGUUGUCGUUGAUAAACAAACUCUGGUUUUCUGUCGUGCUCUGUUAUCUGCACAAAUUUAUAUCAGUGCACCCGUGCAUGUAUACUAGCAUAAAUGGAACUAUGAUGUCUGCCAUGAAAGCUCCUUUAAAAAGAGUCAGUAAAUGUGUGAUUUUCUCUCGAGAUGUGAAUCGUUGUAUCGUGAAACAUGUCUUAAUAAUGGAGUGAUUAUGCUGUCACAAUUGGUGUUGUUCAAGGUUUUUUGUGGCGUCUCAUCGUAAUGUUUUUCAUUACCUGCUUGCCACAAUACAAUUUUUAUACACACUUCACAGGUACAGUUUUCUAUCAUCCAUAUUAAUGCUAGAUUUAUCAUUUAUCUCUGGAAAUACACGCGGUUGAUGUAUCUGUAUUUUUCUAUUGUAAUUUCGCUACAAUUCAGCUAAAUCCAUUGAUUAAAAAUCCGCAGCUAACUAUUCUUAUACACACUUCACAGCCACAGUUUUCGAUCAUCCAUAUUUAGGCUAGACUAAUCAUUCAUCUCUGGGAAUACAAGUGGAGGAUGUAUUUGUAUUUAUUGUAUUUUUCUCGUGUAAUUUCGCUAAAAUGCAGCUGAAUCCAUCGAUUGAAAAUCCGCAGCUAACUAUCAAGUAUAAAUCUUAUUUGAGUAAACCUGGAUGUAAGAGUAGGACUAAUAAUUACGCGUCUCACGUCUGUGUGACGUGUUCAUGAAGCUCAUAAUUAUUUACUUUAUUUCUUGUACAAUUUAUUGUUAUAAGUAAUUUGGUAGUAUAAGACUGCCUGCAGCUCUCUAGUCCACGACGCAACACGACUCGUCUGACGUCAUUGAUGCCAAAUAUGUUCUCUAUAGCCAUUGAUUAUUAGAUUUGCACAUUAGUGGGUACGUAAAAUAACUGAUACCCUAUAUACAGGGAUAAAAAUUUCUUUAAAGUCCACUGACUACCGACCUGGCGGACCUGCAUUGGUUUCCAUCGAAUCAUUUCAUUUUCAAGUAUUAAAUCCCGUGGCUUUUCUCACGGGCACAGGACUUGAAAUUACUUUUAAAUUCCGAACAAAUUUGGAAGCCCAGCUGUUUCUGCUAGCUACAUAACCCUCUUCCUCCGUCGUCAGGGAUAGGAUGGCCAUCGGCAAUGCUGUUUGCAUGCGAUGGCAACCCUUAGAGAUCUUUGUCCAUCGCCAGUGAUAAUAUGGCCAUCGUGAAUGCCCAUCGCCAGUGAUUGAUAAUAUGACCAUCGUGAACGCUAAUCGUGUACACUGAUGACUAAAGUUGCGAUUCGCUGGAGGAAAAUUGUAACCCCUGAACUGAAGCUGCGUAAUGAUGUCAGACGUGUUCGUAGUGUGUGUCCCGGCGAAUAAAUGUCGAAUGUCCUGUAAAAAUGCUCUACUUUUGACUGUGUAGUUUUUACGCUUCUUCGCUACUAAUUACUUCUAUUAUUAAGGGCUUUGCAGAUGAGGAAACUCGUAGCAGCUACAACAAACUGAAGACGGUAUUCUACCGAUGGUUCAGUUAAUUUCCUAUGUCACUCUUCUCUCAAUUUAUUUUCAUUCUUUGAUCGCUCAAAUGGUUAUUUCAGCUAUAUUUUUCCCACUAUCUCAAUGUAACAGUAACAUAUUGGCAUCCAAAGAAUAGCUCAUUAGUGUUGUUAGUGGAAGUGUAAAGGUAGCUACCGAUGCGCCUGGUCCCCACAUUUACUUGUCUUGUAUUCAUGAGUUGCCUGGUAGCUGAAGUCUCCGUACGCAUCGCUGGCUUUACGUGUUGUGCUUUCGUCAGGUCUUAAUUAAAGCUCCUCCUAACAUGACGUACAUUUUCUGAGGUU